AUCAGUAUUUACGUGGCACAACCUCCGACUGCUUCCUAAGUCAGGAGUCACGGUCAUAACCGUAUUCUUGCCGUUCUCGCGGGCGUGAUUUACCGCAUGGCAAAAGCAGCAUAUGUUCUGUAAAAUCCCAUUCGACCCUGUCCGUGUGGGGUCAAUACGGUGGUUUUGACCUGCGGCAGCCACUGGUAUACUAUUAUCAGAGACGAAUGGGGUCGCUGAGCGCCAAGCCUGCGUGCCCCGGGGCCCUGUGCCCCAUGAUAACCUUCUUUGAAGCCUUUGUUUCAUCAAGGAACGUUCUUCCCGAUACGGUAUUCCUUGCGUUGAUAGUAAUGAAGAGAAUUGUUUUGAUUCUCCGCUCGGUGCUGUCUCGUUUGAAGAAAGUAUACAUCAUGAUAGGAAUUCUGUUUCUUUACUCGUUCUAUAUGCAAGCCUCAGAGCUAGUAGAAUGUUGCACAUACAACGGGUAAAGAUUCAAGCCUAUGGAUUCCAGCUGCAGGGUGGUUUAUAACAUAAUCGAUUAUCAAAAACUUCGUGAUCAUGACGGGGCGGCUUGCUGCGUGUGUCGUAUGAAAGACUCGGAUUUAUGUAUGGAGGAUCACCCAAAGAUAGCAAACGUUCG